CUUGAAGCUGAGGCAAAGGUAUUGAACUGGCUGGGCUUUUAACCAUCAUUACUGCUACCUGUAAACAUAUGAAGGGGAAGGUUAACUUCUAUAAGUCGUUGAUACGCUUCUUACUGCUCUUCGUAAAUUCCCUCAGAUUGGGGAUUACUUCUGCUUUGCAGAAAUUAUCUGCAGGGGGCCCUGCAUAAUUUAUAACAAUCUCUGGCAAAACCUCAGAAGAAAGAUAUGCUUUUGACUUAGCCGGAUGUCAGAGGCUGCGGCAGGACCCAGGGAAAAGGCUCCCCAGGUGGCAUGAGGCCCUGGGAGCCACCAUCCCAACCGAGGGACAGCCUCUUGGAACUUCCUUCUCCUGAGGAGUCAGACACAGUUAAAAAGGAAAAAACAAAAAAGAGCCACAAGCAACACAGUUGCCAAUGAAAUAGGAGAGGGAUUGCUUUCAAAAGCACGUGGGGCUGUCACUGGACUCUCUGAGCUCAUCCACGGGACAGGAGCACAAGGCCAUGGUGUAGAACCUCAGCGUGGGUCUAAGAAGAGACAGAAAUGGCCCAAGAAGUCAGCCUGAAAUCCCUCCGGGAAUCAGAACGCGAGGUGAUCCUCCGGGUCCUGUACCGGGACCGGGAGGUUCAAAACAUCGAGGAGGAAAGGAUACGGAAACUGAAGACACACUUGCAGCAUCUCAGGUGGAAAGGCUCGAAGAGCGGGAGCCAGGGGUACCAGCAGAAGUCCUGUGCCCGCUGCCAGCAGGCCCUGGGGCUCCUGCUGAACCGGGGGGCCGUGUGCCGGGGCUGCAGCCACCGCGUGUGCGCCAAGUGCCGAGUGGUCCUGAGGGCGACCCGCGCCUGGAAGUGCACCGUGUGCUUCGAGGACAGAAACGUGAAAAUAAAAACUGGAGAAUGGUUCUUUGAGGAACGAGCCAAGAAAUUUCCAACUGAAGGCAAGCAUGAGACAGCUGGAGCAAAGCUCUUGCAAUCUUAUCAGAAGCUGAGCAAAAUUUCCGUGGUUCCUCCUACUCCACCCCCUCUCGGUGAAAGCUGGUGCGGCGGCAGCCCUGGCAGGUUCCAGGAGCUUGGUCAGUUUAAAGGAUUUAAUAAGUCUGUGGAAAAUUUGUUUCUGUCUGUUACCACCCACAUGAAAAAACUCUCCAAGUCGCAGAAUGACAUGACCUCUGACAAGCAACGCCCAGCUGUGGGUCCCAGGCAGUGCGAGGGCCGGUCGGAGAGGAGGAGCCAGUCCGACACCGCGGUCAACGUCACCACCCGGAAGGUCAGCGCACCAGAUAUUCUGAAACCUCUUAAUCAGGAGAGCCCCAAGUGCCCUCCUAGCCCUGUUUUGAAGCAAGAGGAUAUCUCAUCCAGUCCAGCGCCCAACACUUUAUUCUCAGGAGGCUUGAGACACGGAAGUUUAAUUAGCAUUAACAGCACUUGUACAGAGAUGGGCAAUUUUGACAAGGCUAACGUCACUGGAGAGAUAGAAUUUGCCAUUCGCUACUGCUUCAGAACUCAUUCUUUAGAAGUAUGCAUCAAGGCCUGUAAGAACCUUGCCUAUGGGGAGGAAAAGAAGAAAAAGUGCAAUCCGUAUGUAAAGACCUAUCUGCUGCCUGACAGAUCCUCCCAGGGAAAACGCAAGACUGGAGUCCAAAAGAACACGGUGGAGCCGACCUUUCAGGAGACCUUGAAGUACCAGGUGGAGCCUACUGAGCUGGCCACCCGGCAGCUGCGGGUGUCUGUGUGGCACCUGGGCACGCUCGCCCGGAGGGUGUUUCUUGGAGAAGUGGUCAUCCCUCUGGCCACGUGGGACUUUGAGGACCGCACGACCCAGUCUGCCCGCUGGUAUCCGCUCCAGGCCAAGGCAGAGAAAGACAAAGACAGCGUUCCCACGAAAAACGGAGAGCUUGUAGUCCGGGCCAAACUGGUCCUCCCUGCAGGGCCCAGAAAGCUCCAGGAGGCUCAAGAAGGGACGGGAGAUCAGCCGCCACAUAACGGUCAGCUCUGUUUGGUAGUGCUGGGAGCCAAGAGUUUACCUGUGCGCUCAGAUGGUACCUUAAACUCAUUUGUUCAGGGCUGUCUCACUCUGCCAGAUCAGCAGAGGUUGAGACUGAAGUCCCCCGUCCUGAAGAAGCAAGCCUGUCCCCGGUGGAAGCACUCCUUCGUUUUCAAAGGGGUCACCCCUUCUCAGCUGAGGCAGUCCACCCUAGAAUUAACCGUUUGGGACCAGGCCACCUUCGGUGUGAACGACCGCUUGCUGGGAGGCGCCAGGCUUGGUUCCACGGAAGAGCCAGCGGGCGGCACAGACUCGUGCUCACAAUCAAAGCUCCAGUGGCAGAAAGUGCUUUCCAGCCCCAACCUGUGGACAGACAUGACCCUCACCCUGCACUGACCGGAGGCUCUGGGCACAGCGGGGUUUCAGGGAAAAGAAGAAUGUGGUGGGUAGUCAAUUCCUACCAUUCUGCCGUGGAAAACCGUUUCUGGAGGAGGUCAGCCGUCCCCACGGGGUGCUGAGGGGCACCCGUUUCCGGUGGGCCAGCACUAAGGUCACCCGCGGGCGGCCCAGCCCCAAACAGCAUGGCUGCCAGGCUGCACGGGCACUGAGUCCGAGAAGGGCUGUGCCAGCAGCACCUGCCCGGAGACACCUGCCGCCACAGCCUGCAGGCCUUGGGUUCAUCCUCACGGGACAUCUGAAAGGAAAAGGACCGAGCAGAGCAUGGAAAGGUAGGACGCGAGUGAGCAGAAGCGGCGCCGAGUGCGUGCGGACACCUGCCGCCUCUUCAAGGACGUGGCUGGGAGAGGAAGGGGGUCGGAGCAGGUUCUGCUUGUGGAAGGACUGAGAUGCUGACCGGGUCAAGAGGGCCCUCACGGCUGG